UUUUUAAGAAUAAACCAUGAUAACAUAUAUCAUACUACAGUGAAGAAUAGGCUAUCUAUCUUCAUGGUCAGGAUGAGGUGGUGCAGUGAGGCUAUCUCAUUAUCAUUAUCAGGCACACACACUGCACUACUACUCACUCAUGUAUCUUCUUCAUUCCUCAACAAAACUUCUGUGCUGUUUCAAUUUCAUAACCACAACCACAACCACAACCAACCUUUCUUCUUCAAAUUCAAAUUCAACAACUCUUUUUCUUCUUCUUCUUCUUCUAUCUCUCUUACCCACCAUCAUCUCAAGCCAUUAGCUGCUCGACGAAUACAAAAUUCAAGUUCAACGGAGGAUGAGAACAAUUUUCAUGAUUUUGUAGUUGUUAAUUUUUAUCAUUUUGUCUUCAUCAAUGACCCACAACAACUAGUCGCCAAACACCUCUCUUUCGUGGAAUCCGAGGGUCUAGACAUAAAUGGAAGAAUCUAUUUGAAUGAACAAGGGAUUAAUGCACAGUAUAGUGGGCCAUCGAAAGAUGCUAUGGCGUAUGUCAACUGGAUAAAAGAGGAUAGCAGGUUUUCUGAUAUCCUGAUUCAGAUAUCUCCAUCAGAAACUGGACAUACCUUUCCAGUAUUGAAGUUGCGGUAUAAACCUUCAUUAGUACAGUUUGAAGGUGGCACAUCGAAUCUACCAUUGCUCGAUCCUUCAAUGCGGGCAUUACCUUUAGCUCCUUCAGAAUGGAGAGAAAGAUUAGAAGCCAUCAAUGAUGCGCAUUCAAAAGAUUGUCCUAACAGAGAUUACAUUAUAUUGGAUGUGAGAAAUGGUUAUGAGUGGGACAUUGGACAUUUUCGCGGGGCUAGACGACCUAAUGUAGACUGCUUCAGGAGCACUUCAUUUGGACUUUCUCAAGAAGAGAUCACUGCUUCGGACCCUUUAUCAAAUGUAGAUAAAGAAAAUACAAACAUAUUGAUGUAUUGCACAGGAGGGAUUCGCUGUGAUGUGUAUUCUACAAUACUGAGGCAGCAUGGAUUUCAGAAUUUGUAUACCCUGAAGGGAGGUGUUUCUAACUAUAUAAAGAAUGAAGGUCCAGCGGAAUGGAUAGGAAAUUUAUUUGUAUUUGAUUCCCGAUUGUCUCUCCCUCCUCCUGUUAACCACCCUCAGGCCAUUACGGAAGGUGGGACGACGAUUCCAGUUUCUAGAGAUGAUAAGUUUGCAAAAUGCUACAUAUGUAAUGCAGGAGUCAGUGAACUCAGACAUCGGAAUUGUGCAAAUCUUGACUGUAAUUUGCUUUUUCUAUGCUGCAGCGAAUGUGUAAAGGAUUUAAGAGGAUGUUGUUGUUUGACUUGUACUAGUGCCCCUAGGCUUAGACCUGUUUUAAAUGGAGAACGGAGAUACAAGAAAUGGCACGUCUAUCGUGACAUGGAUUUACCAGGGGAAUUGAAAUGUUCUUGAUUGAGUGGAUGAAGUAUCAUCACCAGUAAGUUUGUGCUUGAUCGGUCAUAUGCAAGGCAACUUUUAGGACAGAUCCAUGGGAUUAUGAUCUAUUUUAAUCUGAACAAGAAAAAUAAUAUUGAAAUUUUAUGAGUUCAGAAGAGUGGUUAGAAUUUAACCUCGACAAUGAAGGAGGUUGAUAUUGAAAUCAAGGGCCAAGAUUUGGAAGAGUUACUAUUGAAGUUAAUAUAUUUUGCUCUUAACAUUGACUCACCAAUGAUCAAUAUUGAUAGUAGAACCUCCAUGUUACUAUUUAUUUGCACUUUGUAGUGAUUUAAAUGUUUAUUAUUGUUGAAUAAAAGGUCUUUUCAACUGCAAAAGUGGUGCAGAAAGACAAUACACUGUUAGUUGAUACACAUAUUUAAUUGAUUGUAUGUUUAGUUUUACUCGGACAAGAGUUGAUGAUCUCGAGUGAAUUGAUUA